AAACCCUGUUCAAUUACUACCCAAGCACUAUAUUAAUUUCAGAUUAGGCUAGACUAGCAAAUACAGAAAAUAGGAAAGAUGUGGAGAGAAAUAAAAACGUUGGUCAAAGACAGAAGUGAAAAGCUGUAGUGGUCGCCCUAUGUUCCCAGGGACAAAGUGGAUUAAGUCAAGUAGACUUGGAAUCCUGUGUCUGGACUGGUAUUUAAAGUGGAGCAUGCAGUCCUCACGAGGGUUUCCAGUUCACAUCCCUCCAAUGUGUACACAUGAACAAUCCCUUCAGAUAAAGUGUAGCAUCUGCUGUGACCGAUGUGAAAAUCUGUACCAUUUUAAGUGUGUGCCAAUGACCAAAUGCUACCGGUCUUCUUCAGUCUUGUGGGUCAACGAUGUUAUCCAGACAAGGGACAAAGAAAAGAAGGAUAUGCAAGGAUUGAACGAGCGCUUUGCUAGCUACAUAGAAAAAGUUAGAUUCUUAGAGGCACAGAAUAAAGCUCUUUUGACCGAAAUUGAAAGACUGAAGAAAUUGAAGGGAUUUGACGUUUCGGAAAUUAAGGAACUAAACGAGCAAGAAAUUGCUGAAUCUAGAAAUGUUAUUGACGAAUUAUCGAAAGAAAAAGCGAAAUUUGAUUCAACUCUUGUAGGCCUUCAGGAUGCACUGGACGACGAAAAAAGAGAAUAUGCCUUGAAUCUGAGGAUAAAGCUGUUGUGCAUUGUGCAGUCAUCAUUAAUGUGGAUGUCUGAUGCCAGUAAUGGGACAGUAUAAGUGUCGAUCUUCAUAUGGCAGCAAAUUUUCAAAGCCAGAUAUAAGAAGGCAAAUAAAACUGUUCAAUGUAAAAUACGCCACUAGUUGGAUAAAACAUCCAAAGUCGGCACAGUCAAAGGUCACAACAACAAUGGAGGAAUUAACUGCAUCCUCAUUCCGCAGGGCAACAGGCCAUUUUCAGCAACCCCUGAAAUUCUUAAUUGAGGCUAAGUGCCCAUUUUCAGCUCGAACAAUGACAAUUAAAGAGGCCUGUGCAAAUGUUGGGAUUUCCCUCUUGGUAAGUCAGCAUUAUAGAUUGAACAAUUAUGUGUAUGUGUACCUAAUGCAUGUACAUUAACUGUACAUAUAUGUAUUCAUAUAUAUUAUUAUGGAUGUAUCCAAGUUUAUUAUAAAUUUAAAGUAACAUUUUAUGAAUGAAAUACAAAUACUACUUAGGCUUCAUUGUGAUAUUGAACUGCUAAUGUUCUUUAUAAACUUAACUUGCAUCAAGUUUUGAAUACUGCAGUACAUCUAUGUCAAAAUAAGUAUGCAUAUUGCAGUAUAAUACUUUCACCACUAAUCAGAGCACUUGUAAAUCAUGUAUAUUUUAUCAAUACAUAUAAUGACAUUUGCCAGUUUAGAAUGUGAUGCAAGGGAUUGUUUGCUGCACCUCAAAACAAAAUAUGAAUAUUGGCAUCACAUUCAAGGACAUCAACACCUGAAAGACACCCAAUGCUGUGAUUUGCUAGUGUGGAUUCCUAGCGACACUCAAAUAAUUCACAUUGACAAAGAUGUAUUAUGGUCAACUUUUUAAGCGUGAUAGAGUUUAAUUAUAAUAAUGAAGUAUUUUUGCAGUCUAAAACACACACACAUAACCACAUGUACAUAUACUUUAUUAUGAUAUCAGUGGUGCAUCUAUCAAAGUUAUGUAAUUACAUGUAUAUUUAUUGAAUAAACAUUAUAGACAGACUUUUUCUUAUGUAUAGACACAGUGUCCAGCUUUACAAAAAUCAUUAAAUUACAUGCAUUUACUAAAAA